AUGGGUGACACGGAUUCCCAUGUUCUCGACGAGCUGGCGCGUCUGCGCCGCCACGCGCACGAACAAGGCCUAUCGCUCCAGGAGGUCGUCGGCGACGGCGCGUGCGCGUUUCGCGCCGUUUCGGACCAACUCUACGGCGAGGAGAGCCACCACCUCGAGCUCCGCCACUCGACGGUGCAGUGGCUGGGAAGCAACCAUCACGCCAUGUACUCCCCGCUGUUCGACCAGAGUCGACCGGACAACAUCCCGGCGUACCUCGCCCGACUGAGCAACCCGCGCUCGUUCGCAGAGAUCGGUGACCUCCACGGCCUUGCCUGGGCAGAAGGCAUCCACAUUCAGGUGCUUACGCUGGAAGACGUCGUUGAGCUGGGCCCAGACGACGGGAGUGCUCCCACGAUCACCAUUGCGUGCGCGCUGUCUGCGCAGCACUACUACUCGUGCCGACCGCUUGCCGUCCCACAAGAUCCUUUCGUCCACGUAGCCGAGCAGACCGACGAAGGAGGCGAGGAAAACACGACAACCACCAUCAGCGAGGACGCAACUGCCGCGUAUGAGAACCUUCCAGCAAUGUCCGUCUCGUUUGAACUGUACCAGCUUGUCGAACGGCGUCUCCUCGAGGACGACCCUCUGCACAAUGAAUUGAACAUCUUGGACGAUAACAAGACCUGGGCCGGCAGCGUCACGAUGUGCAACGAGAAGAUGGCCGAUGUCCUCCGCGGCAGGAUAGUCAGUGUGCUGGACACUGGCUUGCGCGACGUGAACAUCAAGCCGCGCUUUAGGUGGGCGGCCAACCACCUCUCGCUCGACGACCAUUUGCACAUGCUCCUCCUCGGUCUCAAUACCCACGCUCUCCAGAUGCUCAGCGCUCCAGAAGACCAACCUCCGUCCCCCUCCGCUGUCAACCUCCUGCCCGAGGCCCACAGCGACCCCCUCUGGGGCGCCUACCUGAGGCACGUGGGUCAUCUGGCAGACAUCUAUGCCGGCUCGGCGAGCGGCUUCGAGGUCAAGAAGAGCCAGGCGGGGCUGACUGGCUUUGCGCGUCGAGCAUGGGAGUACGAGAGCUUGACGUUCAACCCCAACAGCACUGCCCGCGGCGCCAACUCGACGUUCAACAAGAACGCACGCGAGGCUGUCAAGAAUGGAGAGGUCACUGUCGACGACGUCCGCCUCCGAAGCGCAUGGCGAGUCGACGCUGGCGCCCUUCCGCCGCGCCGCUCCGCUCUGGGAACCGUUUGCCGUUUCCUGGCUGUGUACGUCGAGGGUCUCCUGCACUACUGGGUCCCAACCUUCGUCAUCGGCUCUGGUGCCGCCAUCUGGUCCCAGUCUCCUCCUCUGCUCGCCGGCACGAACAACUGGUCUCCGUGGACCCAAGACAUUCCCGAACUGCGCCCGGCGAACACCAUCCGCCUGGAGACGGACCUCGGCGACCCCGCGGCCGCAGAGCACGCAGAGCAUGUGCGCCAGCAGGGUCUGGUCUACGCUGCUCGCCACCGGCAGAAGCAGCAGCAGGCCAUGGCCGAGGAUCCCGACCUGGCGACAGCAAAGCGUGAGGAGAGAAAGACCUACAAUCAAGCCUACCACGCGGAGAAGGCGAGCAAGCUCACCGACGCCGAGAUCCAGGCGAGGCGAGACGCCGCAAAGGUGGACAAGCUCGAUGCCGACCAGCUGUUGGAGAAGAGAGCGCGAGACAACAAUUACAACGCUCUCCGCAAGGCACAGCCAGACGUCAAGAAGCGCGCGCGCGAGGUCGAGAACAAGCGCAAUGCGAAGAGGCAGGAGCGCCAGGAGGGUAACAGCCGUCCCCCUCGUCGCACGGCCCAAGACGCGAGGCCUGCCGAGGUCAGGUCGCGUGCGGCUCGACGUGCCAUUACGGUGGCCUUGAAGAACGGCAAGUGCUCCAUCCGGCGUCGUGUCAAGGACGCCAAGACGAAGAGCGUCAAGCGCAAGGCUGAGACCGACCUGGAGCGCUUCGAGACGGACGAGAUCACCCUGCGCAAGGACCUCGCCACCGAGGCCAUGCUAAUGGACGACCUCGACACCGAGGAGCGCCAGGCGAGGGUGGCCGUGAACGAGGCGAGGAACGCGGUGCCGACCGCCGCCCGAGACCUCGACCACGCCCGGCGGCUCCAGGAGGAGCGCACCGCAAGGUUGGCGGCAGCGAGGCUGCGUAAGGAGGAGGCUCGUGACAAGCGUCACUCCCUACUGGCCGAGCAGGCAGUCGGUGAGGCGGGAAACGACUUGCGCGAUGCCAACGAGACCGUGGAGAGGGCCACAACCCAGGUCCACGAGGCGCGUCAGAGUCUCGAGAGGGCCGAGAGCCACUUGGAGGACAUGCUUGCGUCGCACGACCGCCAACUGCGCGACGAGACCGAGCGCAUCCGCCAGGUCGCACGCACUCUUGGGUUUACGUUCAAGUGUCUCAAGGACCCGGUCGCUUCCAAGAACGCCAAGGCCGACACCGAGGACGAGGACGACACCGAGGACCAAGACGAGUAG